AUAACGGUUGGAUUCACGCAGAGCAGUCAGGAUUCAUUGUGUUGCAAGAGUAGAGAGACAAGUAGUCAGAGUCGGCGUGCGAGUAGAAGAGUAGCGUCGAGGGAGGACCAUAAAAGGGAGAUCGCGAGGGUCUCGGCGCACAGUCGCGCAUCGUCUGCCUUCCUGAACGUUGCGUGUCCAAUCUUGAAGAAAUCGUUCGUACGAUCGCUCAUUCUCAACUAUUCGCUGAAAGGAGAGAAGCAACAAUUAUGUAUUCCAAGAUAAUCGCUCCAAGAUAAUUAUCUCCUCGAUCGUAUCAUCGAUCAUCGAACUUCGUCACGCGUUUGCGUGCGCACGUAUGGCGCAUGGCCCACCCUAUGGCAUGGCAUCACGGGACCUCGUUACUUGCUUCCUUCUCACAGCGUUCCUUUACUCUAGUUUCGGUCAAACGUUGCCAAGGUUGGAUCUACGGCCCCAGUUUCUGGCACCUUUGGAGAACCAUACGGUCACUCAGGGCCGUGACGUCUCCUUCACCUGCGUCGUUAAUCAUCUUCAAUCUUAUAAGAUUGCCUGGAUAAAAUCAGAUUCGAGAGCCAUACUAGCUAUUCAUACUCACAUGGUUGCUCAUAACCCACGACUUUCGGUCACCCAUAACGGGCACAAUACUUGGAAGCUUCAUAUUAGCAACGUUCAACCUAACGAUUCUGGAACUUACAUGUGUCAGAUUAAUACGGACCCCAUGAAUAGUCAGACGGGCUACAUGAAAGUAGUGAUACCACCUGAUAUUAUGGAUCUCGACGAAUCGGCUGACCUUUUAACGACUAAGGAAAGCGACGAUCUACGAUUACGGUGUCGUGCCACCGGGACACCAAAACCUAUGGUCACCUGGCGAAGAGAGGAUGGACGUGAAAUUACUCUUAGAAGCGAGUUAGGUGUUAAACGAGUACAAAUCUACGAGGGUGAACAACUGCACCUAACAGGGAUUUUACGACAAGAGAUGGGCUCGUAUUUGUGCAUAGCAUCAAACGGUAUACCACCAGCAGUUAGUAAAAGAUAUCACGUCAACGUUCGAUUUAAGCCUUUGAUCAAAGUAACGAAUCAGUUGGUAGCUGCUCCGACGAAUAGCAAUGUCGUUCUACAGUGUUACGUUGAAUCCUCUCCUAAAGCUUCGAACACGUGGUACAAGGACAACGGAAUACAAAUGUUGACGAACGACAAGCACAACGUAUCCGAGUUCACGAUCAACGAAUACGCGUAUCAAUUAAAUCUGACGAUCAAACAUUUAAGUCGAAACGAUUUCGGUAGUUAUAUUUGUUCAGCGGAAAAUCCAUACGGUAAGGCAGAGGGUACUAUAAGACUUCAAGAGUUGCAUCUGUCGAGGACGACAGCACCGACAAUUCGCAAUACCGAGUCCGUCGAGAGGCAAAAGUGGGGAAAGCUAACGGAAAGGAGAAGUCACAGCAAGAAGUAUUCCUCUUAUGCGUUAGAACGAGAUGAAGGUAGUACGAAUUCGACGCAGAGAAAUGUUGGAAGUUGGACGCAGACCACGCCGAUCUCAAGAAGAAAUAACUCCAACUCUCUGCCAAGUGUCGUCCUAGCGAAGAAUUCUAAAGUUUCAUCCUCCUCGUCCUCCUCAUCUUCUUCUUCUUCUUCCUCCUCUUAUCCAGCACCAGCACCUGCGCCCGCACAUUCAGCACCGACCCAACUGGACGCACAGAAUGAUGCUGCAAGCACGCGUCACUUUAGAUCGGUUCAUCAACUUCAUCUGACGAUCUUUGUUCUACUCUUUGUUAUUACGUCCUCUUAUUGAACAAAUCUUUCGAUUUCUGAUAACUCGAUUUUUCUUUUUUUUUUAUAUAUAUAUUGCAACAUCUAACAUCUUUGUAAUUUAUAGAGAAAUCAAACGACUUUCUUUAACUCAUCUUUUCCCUUUGUUUUUUCUUUCUUAGAAAAACAUUAAUGCACGGAAGUAAAAAAAUUCGUGUUGUGGUGUAAAUAACAACUCCUCUCUACCUUCAGAAAAAAAAUAAAAAAAGGAGAACAUUUUUAUGACAAUAAGGGUAGAUGUAAUGUGUGUGACCAUUAUUGUUUUACAGUAGAGAAAUCUUUUCUUCGUUUUGAUACAAACAAAAUUCUUGAUACUCUCUAAAAUUAAGAAAACAAAGAUUAUUCUUUUUCUUUAAAUCAGAUAUUAUUAAUGGAGAAUUAUGAUACAUAAGGACCGAAAUCACAUUCGGUUUGCCCAAGAUUAAAUUAUAUUCACUUGAAUGUAUAUACGCAUGACAAUAAAUGUUGUUUGUAUUAUAAAAAAAAAAAGUAAUUCAUACAAAUUUUUCCCUGUUUUGUAAGAAAAAUACAAAUCACAAUAAAAUUAUUCCGGUUCAAUGAUACCACAAAUCGUACAAAAUAAUACACCUGCAUU